AUGCAAAACGAGAUCUGCUUUCUCACAUUCCACAACAAGUUGGGUUUCGCGCCUCCAUGCGACCCAGACGCCAAAGUAGGCCGAGUUCUUGAUCUGGGAACCGGAACUGGCUUGUGGGCCAUCGAAUACGCUGAAGAGCAUCCCGACGCUGAGUUUGAGGUCGACGACGUCGAGGAAGAUUGGCUGUACUCACAGAAGUUCGACUACAUCCACCUCCGCUUUCUCAAUGGGUCCAUCGCCGACUGGAAGAAGCUAUUCAAGAAGGCCUAUGACUUUACCAAGCCAGGCGGCUACUUCGAGCUCCAAGAGAACGACUUCCUCUUCGCCUCCGACGACGGUACCCUUUCCCCAGAGAAACCCCUGGCCAAGUUCAGCUCCCUUGUCCGAGAAGCGUGCGUCAAGUUUGGUCGGCAAUUCAUCGACGUGCCUCUGAUGGAGGACAUGAUGAAGGAGGUCGGCUUUCAGGAUUUUGCGCUUCAGCGCUUCAAGUGGCCGUCGAACCCCUGGCCCAAAGACCCUCACUACAAGAAGAUUGGGGAGUGGAACUACCACAACUUUGUGGCCGCUGCAGAAGCUCUGGCUAUGGGACCGCUGACGCGCGCUCACGGAUACACGAAGGAGGAGGUGGAUGUCUUUCUCAUUGACGUGCGCAAGAAUAUGAGGGACCCAAGAAUCCACUCCUACCUGACCAUGUAA